AUGACUCUGACUCCCAUGUCGGCAUGUGAACUGCGUCGAACAGUCAUUGAUAUGGACAUUUUUUCCACACAAGGGCCUAGCCGACUUUUUUGGUUUUAUCUGCCGGCGCUGGUACAUUUCAACCCUUCAUCUGCCAAGUUGCCCCGUUUCUCCCCACUGUUCACAUAUCCCGUUCACCUUCGCCCCGAGUUAAGCUCGUGGCAGAGGCUGGCACGUCUACUCGAUCGCCCCACCGGCGUCCAGGUGAGGCUAACCGAGUUGGCGCUCUACUCCCUUUAUCGUCUCAUUUCGUUUGUCCGGGAGCUUGUUUUUCCAGGGAAGAAGAUGUUUCAUAGUUCGGUCAUGUUGGGCGGGGCUCCGGGACCAAAAGGUCUACGCGACAGCCAGGGUUGCUGA